AUGAAUGUCGGGGCUAAUCAAGUUGUUGAGGCACUUAAUGUAAUAUAUUCCCCUAAAUCAAAUAAUGGGCAGAGGUUAGAGGCUCAAAAAUUUUUAGACAGCGUUCGAACAUUGGAAGAAUCCCCUCUUUGGGGGUUUGAAAUUGCUUUAAACAACAGUGAUAACAAUAUUUUGAAAUACUUUGGAUUGAACCUUUUGGAAUACAAUAUUAAAAAAAAUUGGAAUUCGUAUAAUAAUGAAAAGAGACAACAAUUGAAAAAAUGGAUAAUUGAACUAAACUAUAAUGUUAGUACUGUUGAUACCAGAUACAUAAAGGAGAAGUUGGCCAGUCUUUGGGUUGAAAUUGCAAAGAGAAUUUGGGGUGAAGCGCUGAAGGAAACAAACCCAAGCAACGAUCAGCUUUUGGAUUCUUGGGUGGAUUUAGAUAGGGAUUUACACCAAUUGUGGAACAUCAAUGAAUCAAGUAGAGAAGUAACCCUAAUCAUCUUCCGUAUUUUAUUUGAAGAUGUGUUUCUGUUAGAUGAUAUGACGGUAUUGAAAAGAAUGACCAUUAUACAGCCUCUAUGUGUGAUGAUCGUGUGCCCGAUGGACAUUUUUAUCACCAAAUACAAAUUCAGUGAGAAAUGGACUUUAUUUAAAGCUGAUAGCGAUGGCUGGUUCUCAAUUUGGAUACCAGAACUGCGUACUGCUUUGUUGAACAAGAAUUCAGAGUACAUCAUUAGGUUAUUGGAAACAUUAAAAACUUGUCUGAACUGGCCAUUAAGUGAAGUAAUAAUAAAGAAUGAUAUUCUGACUACUCUAUUGGACUGCCUUGCCACAGAUAUACGAAAAGCUCAAUCAAUGGCUCUCGAUUCUAUUCACAUCUUAUUGACUAGGCCGUAUGGUAACGACGAACAUUAUCAAACCAUUAUAGAUAAAGUAUUUGAUAGUAUGGAUCUUUUGGCUAGAGUAUAUGAAGAUCUUUUGUUUAAUCCUGAGGAAGAAGUUGAUGAAACAAGAUACCCUAUUGUAAAGAAAUUUGUCGAUAUGACCAGUUGUUUGUAUGUAUCAAUACCAAAAAUUAAAGACACAAACAAUCAGAUUGAAAAAUACUUCAAAUUAGUCAUGCAAACAACAUAUAAUCCAAGUUUGAUUGUUAGUGGUUUGACGUUGGAUUUAUGGUGCUCGUGUCUAAGAAAUGAUGACUACAUCCCCUUGAUCCAAAAGUAUGCCAUUAAGGAUUUAUUGAAUUUUGCAGCAGAUGCUUUAGUUUACUACGAACAAAUAGAUGGUCAUAUAUCAAGAAAUUAUGUUGAUAUUGAUUUCCAAUCAAACUCUGAAUUUCAAUCAUAUUGUUCUACAUAUAGAAAAAGAAUCAGAGAUAUCAUAAGGCUGAUUUCAUGUGUUGAAAUUGAUAUGACAUAUGAAUGGUUAAACAAUAGACUAAAUGUCUAUUUCAGUUCUCCUGCUGGUCAACAGGUGCUGACCUCAUCUUUCUUAGAUCAUAAAUCAGAACCAUAUUUGGGUGCCCUAUCUCAGUAUAUGAUAGUAGAGUGCUUUAUAAACGGUUGUAUAAGAUGGAAGAUUUGGUAUCCAAGUGGACCAGACUACAAUCAAAAGUUGGACUCUAUCUUACAGAAACUGGAAAUUCUUUCCAAUCAAUUGAUAGCGUUAAACAUGAAAGAGCCAUUACUUUUGAAGAAGCAAAUUCAGAACUUCGCCUUAUUCUUAACAAUGCUGAGAGACAAUGUUCUAUUCACAUUGUUGGAGAAAAUUAUUACAAGUGCAACUAUGGACUACCCAGAAGUCAACUUGGAUGAUAGGUCAGAACAAUCAGAUGCUGUCCGUGAUUUAAGAUAUGCUUGUGGUAUAGAAUUGAAUAGAAUGGCCCUACUAAUGCCCGAAUCCUUGAAGUCUAUCUAUCCUGAUCUGGAAGCAGUAAUAGCUAAGAUUAUGCCAAACUUGUCAUAUCACGAAAAGAUAUCAUUCAAAUCAUUUCUAUUAAUUAUUGUUUUGAAAUCUAGCUUGGAUAAUAAAGAGCAAAGAUUCUCGGAAUUGGUGGAUGUAGAGUUAAUGGCAUGGUCUGAGAAGACAACAGAGGUAGGAUUGUCUGACUUGCAUUGGUUUAUGGAAAGAUUAGGGAUAGUUCAGAUAGCAGAAUACUUCCAAAAAAGAGGUAUAAAUGAGAAUAGCGACUUGUUGACUAUUCCAAUUGAUGAUGAAGGAAGGGCUUUGAAAGCAGAAUUAACUAAAAGAUGGCAAACAUUAUUUCCAGUUAGAGCAACUAGGAUGUUUAUUCAUUAUUCAAUGCAGAGCAUUAAAGGUGAUGAAGAAUUUAAACGUUUGCAGGAUUUAUGGAGACCGCGAAUUAUUCCAGUUCUACCAUACAUUCUAAGAUUACUUUUUCAAUUACAAUCGUAUCAUGAUGCAGAAAACUGGAAAAACUUGCCAGUUAUUGUACAAACUUUUGUCAAAUGUACCACAGUUGAAAGAUUCUGGGAAGCAGGUGCCUCUAGUAAAUCCAAGGAUGAAUUCAUUGAUGAGCAUAUGAAAGCUAUGCAAACUUUGCGUGAUUUUGCAGACUCGGUUGGUCAUAUUAUAAGAUACACUAGAGAAUAUACAUUAUUGGUUCUUAGCGCAAUAUCUUCUUUGGGUAGUAUAUUUUUUGAAUUAGAUGAUGUUCCUGAUAUGCUUAUUAACUCAAUUGCCAUUUUCAAACCAGGGAAUAAUGAAAUUAGUCCUGGUGUAUCAACACAUGGUUGGAAACACAUUUUAAACAUUGCAAUUAGACCAAUGUUGAAAAAUUGUCCCGAUGACUGUGCCCCAAAAUUUAUGAGUGCUUUUUUACCCAAAUUGUUUGAGAUGCUAGAUCAUCUGCUUUACCAGCGUUGGUCUGUAAGAAUGGAUGUCAUGGACGUAAACCCCGCUCCUGUAGAUAAUGAUCAAAUGACAGAAGAUAUAUUGGAAGAAAAUCUGUUGAGACAACUAACAACAGUUGUUGUUCGAAUUGUCAUUGAUUGUGUUGGACAAGCAAGUGUCAGCUCACAAAGUGCUCGCAGUAAUCUCACUUCACAUCAAUUGAGAAUGAGAAAGAUUAUUUUCAAUGAUAUAAAUAUCUUGGCACCGUUCUUAAAAUUGGUCAACCAUUUGAUGGCUUACAAAGAUAACAAAUGUUCUUUUAACUCUAUCUUAGUGAUGAAAGGUUGCAUAAAUGAAGUUGCGGCAAAGGAUGAAACUGUAGAUGUGUUCUUUACUACAGAAUUGAUGAAGAACCUGCUCAUAAAUGUGCUAUGUAACAGUGCUUUCAAAGAUUUCUUCAACGAGGCUUUAUACGUUUUCACUACAUUAUUCCUCACUCUCUGUAAAGAGAGCACGUCAGCAAGGCAAUUCUUCUAUGAAUUAUCGGGUGGUUAUGAUAUUGAUAGCCUGCAUAGCAAUCUGAAAAAAGUAGAUGACUACAAAAGUCAAAGAGCCCUCAUGGUUGAGUUUAUUGAUUGGACAAAGAUGACUCUUGGAAAAGAUGAUUUUGACGAGGAACAGGCAAUGCAAGAAAAUAGAAAGCAAGAAAAACGUGAAGCUAUUCUUCAGAAAGCCAAUGAACGGUUAAUUAAAAAGAAUAAAGAAAGUGGUGACAUGUUGGAUGAUCCAAACACUGAGGAUGGAGCUGUUGGUAAUCUAUUUUCUUGA